UAGAGGACCUCUAUGUAAAAAUGCACUCAGUUUUUUUUGUAUAAAUAUAUAAAGGUAUUGCAGCAAACCUAUAUAAUAUCCAGUCUAGUAAAAGAAAAUGAGGUUCGUUGCCCUGGUGUUCCUGGUUGGUGCCGUGGCCAUUGUAGCUGUUGAAUGCAACUCUGAAGGGGAUGCUCUCAAUGCAUUGAAAGUCAACGUGGUAGACCCAAACAAUGUGCUUCGAAGCUGGGACCCGACGUUAGUCAACCCAUGCACAUGGGUACAUGUCACCUGCAACAACGAAAAUAGUGUUGUAAGAGUGGACUUAGGUGCUGCUAACCUCACUGGGACACUGGUACCUCAGUUGGGAAUGCUAAAAGAUCUUCAAUACUUGCAAGUUCACAAUAAUUCAUUUAGUGGAGAAAUUCCAAGUGAAUUAGGGAACCUGACAAAGUUAGUGAGCUUGGGGCUAGAAAAUAACAAGCUCAGUGGCCCUAUCCCAUCAUCUCUUGGCAAUUUAAAAUCCCUGCGAUAUAUUAUUGAUCGUAGGAUCACUGCUCUGAUACCAUGUGAAUUUAUAAAAGAGAAGCUAUGAUCGAAGCUUCAAGCUCGAUCAUGGUGGUUUGUAGUUGAGAGAAAACAAAGAAGAAUGAAGAAUUGUGUUGACUUGAAUUGAUUCGGUUACAUUUCAAUGAAGCAAAUGAGAUAUUUGUAGACUUCACUUGCCAGCAGAGGAGGAGCCACGAUUUGAAGUUUGGGGAUUCGAAAUUUUAGGACAAGACAACUAUCUCAAGCUUAUGUAUAACAACCGUCAAAUUAAUAAAUAAAGAUCGUAUAUUUAAUAUACGGAAAAGGGUCAUAUUUACCCCUGUACUUUCAAAAAAGGGUUAAAUAUGCCCUUCGUUUAAGUAUGGAGCUGUAUAUACCCUUACCGUUAUACAUUUGGAUCAUUUUUACCCUCAGCCUAACGGACCAUUAGGUUCCACCAAUAAAAGGGACAUGUGGAGGGCAUAUUAACACACAUAACUUUCCAGCUCAUUUAUCAAAACCCGAUCCUUACCAUAAACCAUUAUCUUUGUGAACCACCAGAACACAAACUGAAGUAUUCUCCUUUUUUAUACUAUCUUCCUUGUUUUACUACUAAAAACAAACAGCUUUCUAAAGAACCAAGACCAUCAGGGAAAAUGGUCGAAAGAUGGAUUAACAAAUGAAAAUUAAAAAAAAAAAAAAAAAAAGACUAUUCUUUUCUUUCUGUGUCGAAAUUUUGUUCUCUGCUCAAGUUUUAACCUACCAUGACCUCUGUCCAAGAAUUUGAAACAUUGUUAUAAUUCAAUUUUUAAGAAACCCAGAUUUUAGUUUAGGGAAGCUAGCAUUUUUUUUUUGUUUUGCUUGGUGUGUAUUGGGUUGUAUGAUAUGAAGUUAUUUGGAGUAUAAAGAUCCUUGAAUGAUGGUUCUAAGACCCCCAUUCCACUUGAAAUUGACUUUCGUCGUCUUCUAAUUGGAGGUUAAUUAAAUGAGAUCAUGUUGAAAAUUCAAAAUCCAUGUUUUGAAUGUCAUGGGUAUUUGGUUAAUUAAUACCAGAAAAAUAUAAGACCAAAAAGAAAGUAAAUUAUGAAUUACUUAACUCCCUAUUACCCAGAAAAUGUACCUUAAAGUCAGACCAACCCACUAAGAAGAAAUAGAAUUCUGAAUAAGCAAAAUGUAUAACUGAAAGCAAUAUAAAUGGAAUUUUUGGAGUAAAGGAGCAAGAACUUUUAGAAUAAGGGAAUCAAAGCGUUCGGGCUACGGAAAUGGGUUAUGGCAAGGGUUGGGUUCCAAAAAUGAGCUGGAAUGUUAUGUGUGUUAAUACCCUCCAUGUGUCCCUUUUAUUGGUGGGACCUGAUGGUCCGUUAGGUUGAGGGCCAAAAUGAUACAAAUGUAUAACGGUAAGGGCAUUUACAGCCCCAUACUUAAACGAAGGGCAUACUUAACCUUUUUUCAAAGUACAGGGGUAAAUAUGACCCUUUUCCGUUUAAUAUAUUUAAAAAAGCGACAAACUAAAAGAGUUCCUGUACCUACCAGUCACCAGCCCGAGGUUUGGACUCCGGCAAAGAGUGGGUGGUGGUGGGUAAAGGCUUUUGUAGUUUUUAAAGAAGAAGAAGAAGACAACAUAAUAGGUUUUGGGUCUUUAUAGAAAUCUGAUUUUGAGUUUGAUGUUUGUGAAAGAAACGAUGAGCCUCUUUUGUUUUAGAGUGGAACGUUCUUUUUGCGUUUUUUAAUUGUCAAUCUUAUGUUUAUAAA